CCCCUGGCAAGUGGCCCUCUGCCCUGUCCACCCCACCGGCCAGAAGACCCCUCUAGAAGUGACCGUGUCCUGCCGGGAGAAGUGGGGAGGUGUCGAAGCCAGAUGCCCCGCGUGUGAGCAGGCAGUGCAGCCAGAAAGGGAGCAGGAACCGAUCAACCCAUGCUAUUUGCUGAGCACUUCCCUGGCACUGAGCGAGUGAGUAAGCCCUGCCCUCGGCGUCCAGUGGGGCAGAAGUGAGCCCCCCACUUCUCCGUCCCCUAAGGCUGAGAGAAAGAGAAGCCGUCAAACCCUCGGGAGGUUCGCAGUCGCCGGACUGAGGCAGCGGGGCUCCUUCUCCUCCUCCUCCUCCUCCGGGCAGCUCCCCGUGCCUGCAGCCACCUCCGCCACGGCCUGGUCAUGGCGAAUGCGGCCCCGCUGACGGUCCUGUUUCUGUGUUCGCUCCCACUGGCCUUCCCCGAGCCCGCGUCCCCAUCCCCGCGGCCCGCGCCCCCCGCUCCUCUACCCGGCCUCUCCUCCCUAACCCUCUCCCCGAGCCCCGAAUCCGCGCCCCCCUCCCCCGGACCCGACCCCACGGCCGCCCCAUCCCUACUCAUCAACGAGAUCAACGCGGACAACCCCGGGCAGGACAAGAGCGAGUUCGUGGAGCUGUGGCACAGCAGCGGGGGGCGGGUCUCGCUGGAUGACUAUUGCCUCGUCUUCUACGACGGCCACAAGCUGACGGCCUACCGGGCGCUGCGGCUGACCGGCCUGGCCACCGACGACGCCGGCUUCUUCCUGGCCGGCUCGACGGGCCUGCAGCCGCCUCCUGCCCUCCCGCUGCCCCCCGGGACCAUCCAGAACGGGCCGGACGCCAUCGCCCUGCACCGCGGGGGCUCGGCCUGCCGCGAGGGCCAACCGGUCACCUCCCGGGGCUUGGUGGACGCCUGGGUCCACGCGUCGCGGCGGGAGCGGCGGCCUGAGGAGCUGCUCCGGGUGCUGACCCCCGGCCGGGAGCCCCUGCUGGAGGACGCGUCCUUCCACGUCGGGGAUGAGUCCGUGGAGCGCUGCCCCGGCCCGGGAGGGAGCUGGACCUUCCAAGUGGCCGAGCCGUCCCCCGGCCGAGAGAACCCCUGCAUCCCGUACGCCCAGCUCAACCGGUCCACCUUCUUGGUCAGCGAGGUGCUGCCGCCCGCGGGGGCCGCGCCGGGCUUCGUGGAGCUGCAGGGGCCGCCGCUCGGCCCGCUCCGGGGCGCCGUGCUGGUGCUGGUGGACGGGCGCACCGGCUCCGUGGCCUCCUCCCUCAACCUCAGCGGCAGCACCGACGCCCACGGCUUCUUCGUGCUGCGGACAGAUCAGAGACGCCCCGACGACCCCGGGCCCCUCCUCCUGGCCCCGGGCCCCGCAGCCGUCGCCCUGUACCGGGAAGCGGGGCAGAGGUUGGAGCCGGGCAAGCCCCCUCCCUCUGCCGGCCUGCUGGACGCCCUGGUGUACGGUCCCGAGGGCACCGUGCCCGCUUCCCUGCUGGAGGCUCUGACGCCGGGCCGUCCGGCCUUGGUCACCCCCGGCCCCCCGCUCGCAGGGUCCGGCGCCGCCCUGGCCACCUCUCUGAGCCGCUGUAGCUGCUGCUCCAUCUCCCGCGACUCCACGCUGUUCGCCGCGGGGACCCCGACCCCCGAGCGGCCCAACGACUGCCCCUCCCGCCGCCACGGCCUGCAGCUGGCCUUCUGCCUCCACACGUGUCCCGAAUCCUGCCCCGACCACAACUGCUCGGCGUGGCUAAAGGAAGAAUCGACGUUGAAGGUCAAUCUGGCUCUGCGGUUGGAGGCCGAGUGUCACUGCGGUGUCACCGCUGUCUACCUCAAAGAUUGGACUCUGAAGUGCCAGGGCCUGAAGCUGAUGGUCUCUGCGCUCCUGGUCGCCAAGUCCUCUGAGCAGCAGCAAGGCCUCGACUUGGCUUUGAAACGCGUCCUGGCUUCUCCGGAGCCGUGGUGGGCCGGGACCGACAAGAAGGCCACGCUCGCGUCGCCCUGUUCCUUGGAACCCUCGCCAGUCCCCGAGCUCCUGAUCAAUGAGGUGAACGCGGACAGCCCGGGGGUGGACGAGGAUGGCGAGUUCGUGGAGCUGUGGAGCCCGGCGGGCCCCCGGGCCCUGGACGGCUUCUGGCUGGUGCUGUACAACGGGCGGGACGGGCGGGCCUACCGCGUCCUGGACCUGCGGGGACAGCGCACGGAUGCGGCCGGCCUGUUCCUGGUCGGCUCGGCGAGGCUGACCCCCGGCCUGACCCUGCCCCCGAGCUCGCUGCAGAACGGGGCCGACGCCGUGGCCUUGUUCCGGGGGCCCCCGGGGGCCUUUAAGAAGGGGGAGCUGGUCACCGCGCGAGGCCUGCAGGACGCUCUGGUGUCCUCGGCCUGGCCCGGAGAGCGGGCCCAGCGCCUGCUGGACUUCCUGACCCCCGGGCAGGAGCUGCGGCUGGAGAAGGGCCCGGAGCAGAGCCUCGGGGACAUGUCCCUCAGCCGCUGUCACAGCGUCCAGCCCCGCAGCCAGGCCAGCUUCCAGCUAACUCGCGUGACGCCUCUCUCGGAGAACGCCUGCCCCCCACUCGUGGUCCCCAGCCCCUCUGGGCCCCCGGCCCCCGUGGUCAUCAGUGAGCUGAGCUCCACUCCGUUUGUGGAGCUGCGGGGAAAGACUGGAACCAGGAUGGAUGGGCUGGUCCUGGCGCUGCUGGGGCCAGAUGGCAUCGUGCAGACCAGCCUCCCGCUGCGCGGCCUUGUCCGGACCCCCGGCUUCUUCCUCGUCGCCCCCAAAGAAGGGGAACCUCUGCCAGACCAGCAGUGGCCGGGCUCGGCGCUCCUGCCACGGUCCGGGGCACUGGCCGUGUACGACAGCCGCUUGGCCAGAGUGGUUGUGGGCCAGACGAGGCCUCGGGCUGGGCUCCUGGAUGCUGUGGUGUUCGGGAGGGAGGCUGGAGCAGAACCCGGCCCACUGGCCCUCCUGGGGCCCACUCACUUCUUAGCCAGUGAGAGAGGAAGCCUCUGGUCCCUGAGCCGCUGUUCCCCGCCCGGCUACGAUGCUCUGGCUUUUGCUUCUUCGGACCCCACUCCCGGCUCGGUCAACAGCUGCCCCACCCGCCUCUUCGCCCUCGCCCUGGACCUGUGUCUGCCGGCGCCCAACUGCUUGGCUGAGGCGCAGCCCUCCGCGCCGACGGUGACGGCCGCGCAGCGCGCUCUUGUGAACGCAGUUAACCAGCACUGCUCCUGCGGCAUCUCCGAGUUCUACCUGCAAGAGACCCACUUCUCGUGCUCGGCGGCCGCCCUGCGCGUGUCCGGUCAGCUGUGGGCCCGCUCCCCUGAGCAGCGGGGCCGACUGUCCGGCUGGUACACCGACCUCCCUGCCCAGCUCCCGCCUGAGGGCGGGGCCAGCGCGGGCCCUGCCUGUGUGGCUUUGGGGACCGAGAGGGCUCCAAGCCGCGCCUCUCUUCGGGCCUGGGAGACGAGUCUCAUCGUUUUGGGGAGCCUGCUGGUCCUCGCGCUACUGGGAGCCCUUUGUUACCUGCAUAGACGCCGCCCCGAGCCCUUCAGCCACAUCGAGCUGACCGACCGUGAACAGAUCAAAUUGGACUUCUGAAUCCGGAGCCCGGCCUAGGCCCCGGACCCCUGCCCUGCCUGGAGGACUCCCCUGACUCUGUGCGAGACUCUCAGCCCUGGUUCUGCUGCCCCUGGCCCCUGGGCCCACCGGUCUCCAUCAUCCUGUGAUCACUCGGGGGUGGAUGGCAGUGCCUGGGUUGGGGCUGUGGCUCCGCCCUCUGCCCCUGGAUCUCUCCAGCCCAGACUGGGAGUGGGGGUGGGUGGAGAGCCGGGUCUAGUGGAAGCCCCGAAGGGCCGCUACCUCCGGGAAUGACCACUCGUCGUUCUGGCCAGGCUGAUCAGGCCCUCAGCUUCCCCAGCCUGGGGGCAGGGGGUCUGCUCGCCCAGCCCGCGGGCCCAGAAGGGGUGGGGGGGUCUUGCGGGGCGCUCAGAGUUGGGCGACUGGGGGGAGGACUCGAGGGCUUUGGGAAUGCCCGGGGGUAGUCAUCCUUCUUAUUUUCCAAAAGAUCUUUGGCCCCCGCCCCACUGGUCCGGGCGUGGCGGGAAUGAAA